CCAAGGAGUAUUCGAGAUUACAGACUGGAUGGAGAGUAAGUUGGACCUAGACGUACCGUUCAAAGUAGUUGAAACAAAUCGCCUAGAGUGGGAGUCAGGAGGGCCAACUAUUCCUCCAGGAUCGAUCAUAUUUUACACCGAUGGAUCUAAAAUGGGAAACAAAACGGGUGCUGGAAUAACUGGUCCUGGACUGAAUAUUUCAAUACCUAUGGGACAAUGGACAACAGUAUUUUUAGCGGAAAUAUACGCUAUUGUGGAAUGUACAGCAAUCUGUUUAAAACGAAAUUACAGAUUUGCAAAAAUAUGUAUCUUCUCAGACAGUCAAGCUGCCUUGAAUGCAUUAAAAUCGCCAACAUGCCAAUCCAGGCUUGUUUGGGAAUGUAUAACACUUUUGAAACAAUUAGCAUCCAGAAACCGGGUACAUCUGUACUGGGUCCCGGGUCACCGAGGAAUAGAUGGUAAUGAAAUAGCAGACCUUUUAGCAAGACGAGGUUCGGACGGGCAUUUCAUAGGCCCAGAACCAUUCUGCGGAGUCUCGAAAAGCACACUUAAUAUGGAAUUCACACAAUUGGAGAAAAAGUUGAUUCAGUUGAACUGGGUGAAAGCACACGAUAUGCGUCAGUCGAAAAUGUUUAUCGUCCCCUCCAAACAAAAAUUCGCUCAACUCAUGAAUAUGAAUAAAAAAUAUCUCAGAAUAUACAUCGGUCUCAUAACAGGACACUGUCCGUCUAGAUAUCACCUGAAAAAAAUUGGGCUCAGUCCAAUUGAUAUCUGUCGGAUUUGUAACUGUGAGACUGAAACAUCAAAACAUUUGAUUUGCGAAUACAGCGCUGUUUCUGCAAAAAGAAGACGGAUCUUCAAUAAGGGCAUAAUAAGUCCAAAUGAUGUCUGGCUAGAAAACCCCGGCACAGUAGUUGAUUUCAUCCUAGAAAUCUUGCCAAACUGGGGUACAUCGCAGUGUCAGCCAAUGACCGUAACCCUAAAUGGUAACGUGUCAUCCUGAAAUUUGCGAUAACAAAAUGGGUAUACCGCAAUAGAUCAACUCAAUGGUCGCAGUGGUUCUAAACCC